AGGGCCCUGCAGCCGCUGUCUCUGGCAGAAACCCCGUAGUGCAGCACAGCAGCGCCAUUCGGUAACUGCAACAGUAUCCAAAAUGGCUGGAGCUGAUGGAGACGACUCUCUUUACCCUAUCGCCGUUCUCAUUGAUGAACUGCGAAAUGAGGAUGUUCAGUUACGGCUGAACAGCAUCAAGAAACUCUCUACUAUUGCUCUGGCCUUAGGAGUAGAGAGGACUCGCACUGAACUCUUACCUUUCCUCACAGACACCAUCUAUGAUGAAGAUGAGGUCCUCUUGGCCUUGGCAGAACAGCUUGGCAAUUUCACUGUGUUGGUGGGAGGGCCAGAGUACGUCCACUGUCUCCUGCCUCCUCUGGAGAGUCUCGCUACAGUGGAAGAGACAGUAGUCAGAGACAAAGCUGUGGAGUCCCUGCGAAAGAUCUCUCAGGAGCAUUCUCCAGUUGACCUGGAGGUCCAUUUUGAGCCUUUGGUCAAGCGGCUGGCCAGUGGUGACUGGUUCACUUCUCGCACAUCUGCCUGUGGUCUUUUUAGUGUGUGUUAUCCUCGUGUCUCCAGCACCGUCAAGGCUGAGAUUCGGCAGCAUUUUCGCACGUUGUGUUCAGAUGACACUCCUAUGGUUCGUCGUGCUGCAGCAUCUAAGCUUGGGGAGUUUGCCAAAGUUCUUGAAUUGGAUUAUGUAAAAACUGACAUAAUUUCCCUUUUCACUGCUCUGGCCUCUGACGAGCAGGACUCUGUGCGGCUGCUCGCAGUGGAGGCAUGUGUCAGCAUUGCUACUCUACUGCCUCAGGAAGACUUAGAAACCUUGGUGAUGCCAACCUUGCGCCAAGCUGCAGAGGACAAGUCUUGGAGGGUUCGUUACAUGGUGGCUGACAAGUUUUCUGAGCUCCAAAAAGCAGUUGGGCCUGAGAUAACCAAGAAUGAUCUGGUCCCAGCCUUUCAGAAUCUGUUGAAGGACUGUGAGGCUGAAGUUCGAGCUGCUGCAGCAAAUAAGGUCAAAGAGUUUUGCGAGAACCUUCCAGAGGACAAUCGUGAACAAAUCAUCAUGACUCACAUUCUCCCCUGUGUCAAGGAACUUGUGUCAGACACCAAUCAGCAUGUGAAGUCAGCCCUGGCCUCCGUCAUUAUGGGCCUUUCCACCAUCCUGGGCAAGGACAACACAAUAGAGCACUUGCUGCCUCUCUUCCUUGCUCAGCUCAAGGAUGAGUGCCCUGAGGUGCGUCUCAACAUCAUCUCCAACCUGGACUGUGUGAACGAGGUGAUCGGUAUCCGUCAGCUCUCCCAGUCUCUGCUGCCGGCCAUUGUGGAGCUGGCAGAGGAUGCAAAGUGGAGAGUCCGCCUCGCCAUCAUAGAGUACAUGCCUCUUUUGGCAGGACAACUGGGAGUGGAAUUCUUUGAUGAGAAACUCAACACCCUUUGUAUGGCCUGGCUUAUUGACCACGUGUACGCCAUCCGUGAGGCAGCCACCUGUAAUCUCAUGAAGCUGGUGGAGAAGUUUGGGGCUGAAUGGGCUCAGAACACCAUUGUACCCAAAGUGCUGGGCAUGGCCAACGACCCUAAUUACCUCCACAGGAUGACCACUCUCUUCUGCAUCAAUGCUUUGUCAGAGGCAUGCGGCCAGGAGAUAACCACUAAGCAAAUGCUACCAGUGGUCCUCAAGAUGUCCAACGACCAAGUGGCCAACGUACGCUUCAACGUGGCGAAAUCCCUUCAGAAGAUCGGCCCGGUCCUUGAUAGCAAUGCCCUGCAGACAGAAGUGAAGCCAGUGCUGGAGAAGCUGGCCUCAGACACAGACAUGGAUGUCAAGUACUUUGCCCAGGAGGCAAUCAGUGUUCUGGCCCUAGCAUAACCAACCAACCAUCAAGGCUAAACCCAACAACCACCCGAACCAACAACGCAAACACUUUUACAAGAUAAUUUAUUGAUGUUAAGGAACAACUGGUUAAUGUAUAAAGAAGGCUGUUAUUGUUUUAUCCGUUCUGUUUUUUUCUUUACUGUCUAGUAGUAGUAGUAGUCCAUGUCCAGGCAUUGCACAGGCUUCUUUAACCUUCCUCUUUGCUGUACAUUGGUGCUUUAAUAAAAGCAAAGUGUAAUGAGUUUGCAUUGCAAGUGGUGCAUGCUGACAAAUGUGCUACUGUACUAGCUAGGCAUCGCUAACCAGGACCCCUCACAUUCCUCCCUCUAUCAUCCUUGGACACUGUUGUACUUGAGCCAGAGUCAUUGCAGCAUACCACACGUCCGUGUUCGCUACCUAGCACCCAGGGCUGUGCUAACUCUGUGCGGCUGCACAUUUGUUGUGGUGCUAGACACAACCUUUGAGCAGCAGAUGGUGCAACAAGAUGUUGAUUCUGCUGAGCUUCGUCCCAAAUCUGUCCUCGGAAUGCUCACUUUUAACCGGGAACGCUUGUGUGGAGAAGUGAUCAGAAGCAGGUCAAUUAGGCUCCCUUUGUUUUUCUCAACCAGACUAACCUGUCAUGUCUGUUCUGCUCAAUACUCUGACAAAGAAAUGGGUGUGGGGGUGUUUAUUGCUACCUGUAACCUUUUGACCCUUCUCUACAGCAGCAGAUAAAUUGGUUAAACUGAUGAAUUAACUCCCAGUCUAAUAUGGACCAGCUCAGUCGUAAAGUGUUGCACAUAAUUAACCUCCUCCAAAUCCUCAGUGGUUUUCGUUGAUGGUGCAGAAUGGGUAGCCUGUUGUAUUCUGCAGUAAUUUCUCGACAUUGCUCUUAAUUUUCCUGUUUUGCCUGUCCUCUGUAUAGAGACCUUGUUCUUACCUGAUAAGGAUACUUUAUUCCCCGGAUGGUAAAUUAAAUCGACUGCACCUAUCGUGGUCACGGGGGUUGACGAAACCCAGGCGUUCCCAGUCAGCUCCCCUUCAGUCUGUGCCAACUUCAUCACGUUGAGAUUUAAAGUGAACCACUGAAGUCAAUGCUUCUAAAUCUCAGCACCAUGGAGAACAGGCGCAGGCUUUUAGAGAAAGUGGAGUGGCUGAAGCAUGUAUGUAAGGCCACAUAAGGUUUUAUGGGGUGGGGGCUUGGGUGGUUAUGGGCAGGUGGAAUAAAUGUAUGAACUGUUGAUAAAGGAAACCUUAGUCUUUCCCUGAACCGCUCCCUCCUCCUCAUUUUGUUCUUUUGCGUAAACAUUGAUUGUCUUGUAUCACAAACUGUGCUUUUAUUUUUAUUUUGAAAUAUCUCUACAAUUGGGAUGCUGUACUACUGUAUCUUGAUCUGAAUAAAGUAACACAAAGGAA